ACUCAAUAUAUAAAAUACUAAUUUACCCUUCUACCAAUAUCUUUGUCAUUCUCCGUUCAGAUUAUUGUUCUUUCCUUAUUCUUUCCACCUCUAGAAUUCUUAAAUUUAUUUUUGUUCUCUCGAACUAUAAAUUGGAUUGUCUGUUAAUCAAUUGAGAGAACCCGAUGUUUAAACCUUUUGGUUUUCAUGCUGUAUAUUGAUGUGAUUGCGUGAGUCAGGGAGGUCAUGUUACAACUUCUUGAACUGACUGCUGUCGUAGGUGAGUUCAAGUUGUAUUUAGCUUUGGUGCACGGCUGAUGGGUGAAUGUGACAACUGUGGAAAAUCAAGGAUGAUGGUGUUGCAGAAUGAGUUAUCCACUUCUUACCAGUUUGAUCUUCUUCUUUCCCCUGUUGUCUCAGUUUGGGGUUGUAUUGUUCGUAAGAUAAGGUAUAAUUACAGUCCUGAGUGGGUGUAGCAUCAAAACUCAUUAUAUCUCCUAAAGUGUGAUACGAAAGAUAUAAAGAGAUAGUUAAAGAGUAAAUUUACACCUUGUAAAAUAGUUUAUAUAAGGAAAUUAUUUCUUACAAAUAUUCGACAGUCGAGAUUCAUUGUGUUUAACCAAUGAUGGAGUCGGUAAAACCAGCACAAGUGAGAAAAGCGAAGAAAAAGCAGGUAAAGGAUGAGUUGGAUCGCAUAAAGCAAGCUGAGAAGAAACGGAGGAGGUUGGAGAAAGCUUUGGCAACUUCUGCAGCUAUUCGUUUGGAACUAGAAAAGAAGAAACAGUUGAAGCAAGAAGAGCAACAGAGGCUUGAUGAAGAGGGUGCGGCAAUUGCUAAAGCAGUUGCUCUCCAUGUUUUACUUGGAGAAGAUUCCGAUAACACACCUACGAUUGUUCUGAACAAAGAGGAAGAGUUUAAUACUUGGCAUGAUGCUUCGAGUUUUGGACUUCUCAUGGACAAAUCUGCGCUUGCAUCACGUCAAAGCCUAAAGAAGUGCUCUUUCGAGAGUGUUGGCUGGUUUCCACUAGUUGGACAAGAAUGCGAGUGGAAACACUUUGGAGAAAUCCAUCAGCCAUUUUCGUCACUUCCUCAGCCAUGUUUUAAUGGCGGAUCCUGGAGCCAUGAUGAUUUCUCUGUAGGCUUUGUCGCAGCACAAGCAGCUUCAUCCCUUCGGAUCGGAGAAGAUGCACAUGGUGACAGAGUUUUCUUCAACCGAUAUUGAGAUGGCCAAAAUACAGGUUAAAUGAUCAAUAUAUUAAAAGACAGUAUUGCACUGAAUAAUCUUAUGAAUGUGUAUACUACUGCUCUGAUAUGGUUGUGUUUUUUUCGUAGUUCCUGACACGUAUAACCUUGUGGCGUCAAUCGUGAAUCCUUUCUGCGUGGUUGUGGUUUAGAUUUUUUGUGUUUGUAGUGUUUCGUAGAUGAAUCGAGUUGUAUUUUGUUGAGAAUGGUAGAUACUGGACUGAUUAUAUAUUUGUGAUUGUGCUAAUUUAAUUGCUUUGUGGGUGCUCGUCAAAUUGAUCCCCUGUUGCAA